AAGCUGUACCAGGAAUCUCCGCGGUUUUGCUUUCUUGACGUGAGCCGGUCGGUUUUGUACUGUCGACAUGCGUGCUGGUGCCGUUUUCUAUGAUUCUGAUGCAGAGAUAAAGCUGUUUGGUAAGUGGAGCGCAGACGAUGUUGGCGUCAGCGAUUUGAGUUUGACGGACCACAUAUCUGUGAAAGGGAAAGGGAACCCUAUCCUUCCCCAUACUGCUGGUCGGUAUCAGGUCAAGCGCUUUCGCAAGGCCCAAUGCCCAUUGGUGGAGCGAGUUUGUUGUUCCUUAAUGAUGCACGGACGUAAUAAUGGGAAAAAAAUGAAGGCGCUUAACAUUGUAAAGCACACCUUCGAGAUAAUUCAUCUACUCUCCGGCGAGAACCCAAUCCAAGUCUUGGUUAACGCUAUCCUUAACAGUGGCGCCCGGGAGGACUCUACGCGCAUUGGCCGCGGUGGCACCGUUCGUCGGCAAGCAGUGGAUGUUUCCCCACUCAGACGUGUCAAUCAGGCGAUAUAUCUUCUUUGCACUGGGGCUCGGGAAGCUGCUUUUAGGAAUGUCAAGACUAUAGCUGAAUGCUUUGCGGACGAGCUCCUAAACGCUGCCAAGGGCAGCUCGAAUUCCUAUGCAAUUAAAAAGAAGGAUGAGUUGGAGCGAGUUGCCAAAUCAAACCGCUGAUGAAUGUACAAUACAGACGUUCCUCACAGGCGCUUGUUCUUUGAAUUGGCGGUUUCACCUAAGGGUUGCAAAAUUAUAACUAUUGUUUUCGGCAUUUC